AUGCAGGCGCCUGUGGUGGUUAUGAACACGGCGAACGGCGAGAGACAAGUGGGUCGAAAAGCGCAGAUAUCCAACAUCACCGCUGCGAAGACGGUGGCGGAUAUCAUCAGAUCAUGUCUCGGGCCCAAAGCGAUGCUGAAGAUGCUGCUUGAUCCGAUGGGCGGCAUCGUCCUCACGAACGACGGCCACGCCAUCCUCCGCGAGAUCGAGGUCGCACACCCUGCGGCAAAGAGUAUGAUCGAGCUGAGCCGGACACAGGACGAGGAGGUGGGCGACGGCACGACGACGGUCAUCAUAUUAGCGGGCGAAAUCCUUGCACAAGCACUCCCCCAACUCGAACGAAAUAUCCACCCCGUGGUUAUUAUCCAGGCGUUCAAAAAGGCGCUGGCGGACGCGCUGGCCAUCGUCGAAGAGAUCUCCGUACCCGUCGACACCUCGAGCGACAAGGCCAUGAUCUCGCUCAUUGAAUCCUCCAUCGGCACCAAGACCAUCUCCCGAUACUCGGAACUCAUGUGUUCCCUUGCCUUGAACGCCGUCCGGACCGUCUCCCAGGACCAGACGUCUAUCUCCAAUGCCCCGCAAGCGAACGGCGCCACCAAAUCCGCCGCCGCGCCGGCUCCUGUGAGACCCGUGGAGAUCGACAUCAAGCGAUACGCGCGAGUGGAAAAGAUCCCCGGGGGAGAAAUCGAGGACUCGAGAGUGUUGGACGGAGUCAUGUUGAACAAGGACAUUACACACGCCUCGAUGCGGCGACGGAUAGAGAACCCCCGGAUCGUGCUGCUAGACUGCCCGCUCGAGUACAAGAAGGGCGAAUCCCAGACCAACAUUGAAAUCACGGACGAGGACUCGUGGAACAAGAUUCUACAGAUCGAAGAGGAGCAGGUCAAGAAGAUGUGCGACGCCGUUCUGGCGGUCAAGCCUGACCUGGUCAUCACCGAGAAGGGCGUGUCGGACCUGGCACAGCAUUACUUCCAGAAGGCAAACGUCACGGCACUACGACGAGUGCGGAAGACGGACAACAACCGCAUUGCCCGGGCUGUGGGUGCCACCAUUGUGAACCGGGUCGACGACCUGGUCGAGUCCGACGUGGGCACGGGUUGCGGUCUGUUUGAGAUCGAAAAGAUCGGCGACGAGUAUUUUACGUUUCUCACGAAAUGCAAGAACCCCAAGGCGUGUACAAUCCUGCUCCGGGGACCGUCGAAGGACAUCCUGAACGAGAUCGAACGCAACCUCCAGGAUGCCAUGUCCGUGGCGCGCAACGUCAUGUUCCACCCACGUCUCUCGCCCGGCGGGGGCGCCACCGAGAUGGCGGUCUCGGUGCGGCUCGCCCAGAAGGCCAAGUCCAUCGAGGGCGUGAUGCAGUGGCCGUACCGGGCCGUGGCCGACGCCAUGGAAGUCAUCCCGCGGACGCUGAUCCAGAACGCCGGCGCCAGCCCCAUCCGCAUCCUGACCCAACUCCGCGCCAAGCAGGCGGAGGGCAAGUCGACCUUUGGGGUCGACGGCGACACGGGCAACGUGGUGGACAUGAAGGAGUACGGCGUGUGGGAGCCCCAGGCGGUCAAGCUGCAGAGCAUCAAGACGGCGGUGGAGAGCGCGUGUCUGCUGUUGCGCGUGGACGACAUCUGCGGGGCGAAGAGCGCCAAGCAGGUCGGCGGCAGUGGAUUGGCGGGGGGUGCGGGAGGGGACGAGUAG